AACUGACAUUCUCUCACCCUCAUACCACCUCCGUUUCCCCAGUAACCCCUUGGCCCAGCCCCCGCCCGGAUCCUAUCCCGGCCCUUGCCCAGACCCUAGCGCGGACUCUACCCAGCCCGCUGCCCGGGUGAUGCUAGUGAGGUCUCAUGAAGGGCUUUGAAUGGCCGCACAGUAUGACGCUGGUGCGAAGGUGUCGAUGGCGCGCUCGAUGGCGCCUCUAUGACGGAGCCUGUGCGGCCAUGAGGCCCUGUCCAUCUUCUCUGUUGUUUCUUCCUUCGUUCUCUCGUGUUCCCCGCUUCACCAUCCUCAUCCUCAUCGUCCUCUUCUUCGCCAUUUCAUUGAUUCAAUCACUCCCAUCAUCGCCGACAACCGACUCGAAACGUAGGAGCAUCAACGUCAACUCCUUCACUUUUUUCCAUCGUUUGUUUCCGCUCACAGCACAGACAGUCCGAGUCACUUCGAAUUCACAGUCACCACAUCCAGCGAGCAAGUGUACGUUUCAACUCCGCGUUCCAUUCCCUCUAUUAAUUCCUCCGCAAACUACCACUAAUAUCCACCCUAUCUCCAUUCCAGAUGACUCCUCUCGCUCGCUCCGAUCCAAAAUCACAAACGGUACCUCAGACAACAGCAACGCCGGCUACAAGACGCACACAACAACACAACAACGCAUAUACAGUUCCUCCGUCCCUUUUAUACAGCCUGCAGCAUCCCAGAGACCGUGAUCGAAUUAGACCAGAACCCCCGCUAACCAGUACCCCCGCUAACCAGUACCCCCGCUGAUCACAACCCCCAGAUCAGAACCUCAACACAAACGUGACAAGCCACACAAUGAUAUCAAUAAGUACUUGAAGUGAAACGAAAA